AUGGCGAGUAACAACCCCAGCAUCAGCACGAGCAGCCCGUCUUCGUCGCGUCUAGCGUACAGAAGCGGACUCACUUCGCCUCCGAAGGCGCAGACUCUGGCGUACGACAGCGACGGACUCGAAAGCGAUGAUGACACUCUUCUAGCACUAUCGUCACUCGCCAAGAUGGAGACGAGCUGUGCGCCACGGCAGAAUGAAGCCGAGAUCUCACAGCAGGAGAAAGCCAUCACCUCCUCCAACGCCAUCUUUGACAGCUCCACAGACUGCAUCGAUGUUGUUCAACAGGCUAUUGACGCAGUGGAGGGCGCUCUGGCUCGAUGUCCCAAGUAUGAACGUCGUGAAGCGCUUACUGAGCUGCUCAUGCACGCUAAACUCGAGCAGGCAAAGAAAGCCACUGUCUAUAGCUCGGAUUGUCUCCAGCACGCCAACGUUUGGGCUGCUAUGUUGAUGCAGGUGCAGGAACUUGGUCGCAACUAUCCCAAGGAUCCACAGGUUCACCAGCUCGUGCAUCUGGUGCAGCAAUGCGUAACAAGAGGCGACAGUCACGAAGUUCCUGAACAUGACGACCACAGUUACAGCCAUCCAUGUGACCAACAAGAACACGAUGAAAACCCUAAAGAAGAGGAAACUCGACAGCAGGAGACCGUUAAUGACACAGAUUUAAACGGUAGACUGGGUGAAGCCGUCGUUGAUGUCGACGUUAGCGAGGAAGAAGACAGUAUCGGCUACAGGAUCACGGAAGGUGUAGUGGAGAUGUCCAACCAGGUCGAAGAUGAACAUGAUGAAGCAGGUACCUCAAAGAAGGACAACGAUACCAACACGCAUCAUAGUAUCGAAGCAGAGAUUGAAGACGUCGAUAAAACGCUCAACCAGGAGAUACAGAGUGCAACUUCUCCACCCACAGCUCGACUACGCGAGCUCCUUCCGAUCUUGACGGGCAACGUGGUCCUCAAGGGUGUCCAGGUCCCCCAGCUCCCACGUGGACACAGCAGCAGCGACUCUGACAACGGCAGCUCGUCUACCAGCAAGUCAUCGUCGAAAAGUGUAGGAAAGAGCUCGCGUCUCAAAUUCCAGUUCCCUGAAAAGGAAUUACUUCAGCUUUUGGAGGACGAAGAAGUUGAACCUCCAGCUCCCAGUCCAGGUUUACUCCGACGUUACAGUCAAAACCCAAAGAUCACCUGCACGGUACCACUACGACGUAAGUCGUUCUCUAUGAAGCGGAGCCCUUUCAAAAGCACUGCUUUUGUUGGAUUCGCUCCGCUGAUCUCAAGUGCAAGCAUUGCUGCAGCUGACUUGAGUAGAUCGUCACUAGCGUCGCCGGGUUCUACCAAGCCAAGCAAACAUCGUUCGAGUAUUACUGCGUCUGAUGUUGGUAGAACGUCGUUAACUUCACCACGUUCUACCAAAACAAGCAAACACUCAGCAGCACGUCGUAAGUCCAUGAGCGCAUACCACGUUGCUGCUGUUAGUACGGCAUCAAGUCGUCGCAACAGUAGGAGUUUUUCGGCUACAAAACAGCAGAUUCUCGCCUUCAACAGCAAGCGAAAGUCGAUUAGCUUUCCCACUAAACCUUCGACGUCAUCACCGACAUCCUCCUCCCCAUCAUCGCCACCUUCUUCUGUGCCUUCAACUCAGACUCAAAUGGUGUUACGUGUCCGCGAACGCUCGAGUGACGGCGUCCCAGAGCUCGUGAUCGCCAAGAAGCCUGUGCGCUUUGUCGUCUGGCACUGGAACGAUCGUUGUAUUCGCGUCCCGUUCAUGAGUGCUGCUAACUUUAUGGAACUCGGACCAGCACAACACGGUAUCAUGUUACGACAACUACGUUACGUCAAGUCAAUGAUGCACGAGCUUCCGUGGGCCAAAGCACACUUACGUUCUCUAUUGUCAAAGUACACUGCGAAAGAAGUGACUAAAGAAGAAUUGUACCCCCAACUGAACGCCUUGGGGCUGCAAGUACAACGCGAGAUCAACUCUCGCGCUAAGCAACAUCGACUAUUAACAGCACGCAAGCAACGUCUAACUGUUACGUUGACACUAGCCACCAGUGUGGUGAAUGAUACGCUCGUGACAAAGUUCGGACGACGUGGUCGGCCUCACGCCUCGCGUUUACUGUACGACCCGACUACGCCACUUCAACUACGUUGGAGACGUAAACACGGCGAGCGCAGCGUCGAGUCCUUAGCAGUGGACGAGAUUGAGGUCAUUGAAGCGCCAGACAACUCGAGAUUGAGCGGAAGUGCGGGGUCUUUCGGUCGUGGCAACAAGAAGGCUGCUGCGGCUGUUGCAGUAGACCCGGAGUCGUGUUUGUCGCUCGUGACGCCGACGCGGUCACUGGAUCUACAGGUAGCAAGUGCGCUACAUCGAGAGUGGCUGGCUAACGCCGUACGGGACAUCGUGGCGUUCGCUAAGCAGUACAAAGCUGCCAAGGCGAACAGUGCGAACUUAGGCGAUGACAGUUCCAAAGACUCGAUCCCCACCUCUAAUUCUCUUACAAGACGAUCGCGACAGUCUCCGUCCAUUCGGAACGCUCUGCUGUAUUAACAUAAGCAGCUCACCGUCGUAGCAGGGGUAUUCCAGCUCUGGUAACAAUGAAAACACUAAAACCCAUUUUUUUUAGUGCUUAUCAUUACAAUAGCAACUUUAAAAAUUACUGAAAAAUGGUGUGUAUUGACCAGA